GCAUUCUAGGGGCUUCCCUCUCCACCGCGCCGACUUGUGCGGCGAGCGCGACGCAUCCCAUCCGAUAUUCCUCCUCCUGAACCGCGCCAAACGAACCCCGUUUUUGAGUGCGCGCGAGCGCCACGGGCCUGUCAGUCAGCGCCGCGCAGUCUGCCAUGGAGGCCACCUGCUGAACUGCACGAGAUGCUCGCCAUGCCGACAGCAGCGCCGGAUAGUGGGUGCGAAGAGGGCCACCGCGCGUCUCCGGCACCCCAGCCGGAGCGGGAAAUCGGUCGUGCCCCCGAGGUUUUUCCCGGUAGCGAAGUUCCCUCGACGACAGGCGAAGGUGUCCGCGAGAAGCGCAAGCGGUCCCGCAACAGAAGCGGGCAGUCCGCGGCCGACAGCGGAGUGGUGUGCGACGAGCCAGCCAGGACCAGGGACUCGCAGAGUUCCGAGGAGUCGGCCACGUCGGACUACUCAUCCGGAAGCAGCAGUUGUGCCGAGCAGAGCGACGCGAUGCUCCUGAGCGCGCAGCAUCGUACGGACCGCGCACCGCUGCUGCUUCGUCAGGGUGCCCUGCAGCAGGCGCUUCUACUCAAGAGGGCUCGCCGAUGCGCCCGCCAGGAGCACCGCAGAACCCUCGAGCUCCAGUACGCCCUCCUGUCCGACGCCGACGGAGACAGGCCGCUCCACAUCGCCGUUCUGCAUCACGACGUCUUGCUGGUGCAACGUCUCUGUCGUCUCACAAAAGCAGCGGGAGCCAGCGUCGACGUCUUCAAUGGCCUCAGACAGACCCCGCUGCACCUAGCCCUGAUCGUGGGCAACUUCCCGGCGGUGGAAGUUCUGCUCCGCGAGGGCGCCUCGGUGCUGCUCCGGGACCGUCACGGGAACACGGCCCUGCACCUGGCGCUCAAGUACCCGAGUCUGCCCUGCCUCCAGCUCGUGCUCAGGCACAAGCUCGUAUCCAGGAUCGUCGACGCUCUGGACUUCGACGGUUACUCCCCUCUGCACCUAGCAGUGUUGUUGGAUAAACCGGAAGUCGUCAAUCUUUUAGUCAAGGCCAACUGUGAUCUAAAUGUUCCUGAUGGAAGGAGCGGGCGAACGCCGCUCUACCACGCCAUCGCGCUACAGCAGGAGCACCUAGUCAAGCAGCUGGUUGCCCAGGGAGCCAGCACAGAGGCCACAGACUAUGCGGGCCACUCGUGCCUCGCCCUCGCCAAAGAAGCCAAGAGCCCCUGCCUGCCCCUGCUCCAGGGCAAGGUGGCACCCUUGCCCCUGUGCAGCUGACAGCUUGAUGCCACUCCAUCCCAGACACUUCCUCACCCACAAGCGGGCAAUCUCUCGCGAUGAAACCCCAUUUCGGCUGGCCUCCCGGUGGCCGGCCACGUGUGUGUGUGUGUACCAGUGACCUAUUUAUUAGAAUUAAAAGAACAAUCUUCCAGGUUUCAAACGA